AUGUUGCCGCACAAGGACACUGGUCCAGCCGAUCGCCGUCCCCUCAAAGUCGCCAGUCGCGGUCCCCUCAACGCCAUCGCUCUCCUUCUGCGGCUUCCUCUGGCCACCCGGGAAACUAUCCAGUGCAGCUCCGGGAGGUACUACGCCAUCAUGUACCCACUGAGCUUCCGGUGGACUCGGCGUCGAGGACCGCAUAUAAUUCUGACCAUCUGGGUGGUGGCAGGCCUGCUGUCCAGUGUGCAGCUUGUCUACGGUCGCGCCAAAGAAUUCACCUGGGCCGAGGAAACAUACUACGACUGCACCGAGGACUGGGAGGUCAAUGCCGGGAAGGUGUACACGGCAGUGAUAUUCACGGUGACAUUCCUGACCCCCAUGCUGGCACUGACGUUCACCUACUCGUCCAUCGGCUGGAAGAUGUGGCGCCACACUUCCCCGGGAAACGCUGACCCCCAGAGGGACCAGCAGCAGCUCUCAGCAAAAAUGAAGGUAGUGAAGAUGUUGGCUACAGUGGUGCUGAUGUUUGCUGUCUGCUGGCUGCCGAUCCACAUGAUGAACCUGGUCGUGUACUUCGACCGCGAUGCCAUGCUUCCGGACACUGCCGAGCAGGAGUACCUGUACAUCGCGGCCUUCUUCUCCUGCCACUGGUUCUCUAUGGCCAACAGCUUCGUCAAUCCUAUCAUCUACUGCUUCAUGAGUGACAACUUCAGGGUGGACCUUCGGCAACUCGUGCUAGGUUGUUGUCCGUUGCUGGCCAUGCGCGCUGGCGGUCGGCCAAUGGGCAAACGCAGCUCGUAUGGUGGCGGCGGCUCCCUUCCCAGCAGCACCAUGAUGCUUUCAAGUACUACUUCGAGUCAUCACCACCAGCACCACCAGCGCUGCAAUGGAUUCUACACACAUUCACCCACCUCGGUCGUGGCGCUGAAGACGCUCGGAGAUUGCGUUGCCGGCGAGGCCACCACACUGCGCCUCCCUGUCUACGAGUAG